AUGCCAUACAAACGUUUGUUUAGAAAGUUUGUACUGGCCGGAAACAGUUCAUGGUCAGCACACAACUGGAGUAGCCUUUGUCCGUUGUCUGUGCGACAAACAUCAACUCCGAUUCGACCGCCAAAAUUGGGGUCCAAUCCAGCAAAGUGCGUUCAGCUCUUGAGCCGAGUGCAACUCCCACGCGAUAUAUUCCGCGAGUCAUUGAUUCUGGGUCACCGGACACAAGAAGGGAAAAAUCUGAAAGAACUGAGCCAUUUGAACUUCCACCUCAUGACAAAUACAACAUCUGAAACGCCUGGAACUAUGCUUGCGACACUAAGUCGUCUACAGGGUUGGCUAGGCACUUUAGUCCUGAGCUCGGAUGGCUCCAUUCUACAAUCAGCGGGCGAGUUGGUGAAUAGCAAAGAUAUCGCGCAACGAUUCGCAGUAAUAGCCAAUCGAAUAGGUCGACUAAUUAAUUUGGAAGACCACAGACAAACACCAGAGUUCAAACGAGUUACCGUUCAUUUCCGCCACUGUUUAUACGUGAUGACCUGCGUCGGUGACACUAUCUACGUGGUGAAGCGGACGACCGAUGAUGUGCAAGAUGCGUCUCAACUAACUGCAGGGUUCAUUGAAUGUUUCCUCCACCAGAGAUGGCUCAAGUGGUUAGAGCAUGAAUUCACUGACCGGAAGGUCCGUAGUUCGAACCCGACCUAUGCCUCUCGACUCCCCCUGUAUAGCCUUCGGCAACCUGGCAGUAUCUCAGCCCUCGUGCUUCCUUCGGGUGGCAUCGCAGCUAGGUACCUGAGGGGUGUUACAGCUGAACGACUCCUCCACCAUCGUCUGAAUGUUGCUCCUUUUGUCUGA